AUGCUCAUGAUUGUGUUUUACUUGCAGCUGGUCUCAUCCCCUGACAUGUCCAGUGAGGGGUCAGAUGUGGACUGUUACGUGAGGGACCCUGACUAUGAUCCCAAAUAUUAUGAAUCUACACCCAGUGAUGUGGUUGAAAACGUGGACACGGACUUUGACACUGAUGAGCCCAAAUCUACAAGUACAAUAUUGGCUGAAGAAGAUCAGGGUGGGGAUCAGGAUGAUGACCCAGAUUUUAAUAAAGAAGAAGAUCAAAAAGAAGGACAGGAGGAAGAUCAGGAUGAUGGCUAUGAGGAAGAUCAGGAUGAAGAUCAAGAAGAGGAUCAGAAAGAUGAUCAGGAUGAUGACUGGGAAGAAGGACAAGAUGAUGACCAGGAAGAAGCUCAUGAGGAAGAUCAGGAUGGUGACCAUGAGGAAGAUCAGGAUGAUGACCAUGAGGAAGAUCAGGAUGAUGAUGAUCAGGAAGAAGAUCCACUCAAAGGCAAGUUCACAAUCAGAAAAAAAAAGAACCUAAGAACGUAUGUGAAGGGGCAAAAUAAGAAAACAAAGACAACCAAAACUGAAGUUAGUGUUAAUGUGACUGUUAAGACAUGUACAAAAAGAAAAGACAACAAAAGAUCAUGGGACAAAAAACAUUAUUGUUUGUAUUGCCAUCAGCCAAAUAACAAGAUGGCGAGGCACUUGCAGAGGAAGCAUAUGGAGGUAAAGGAUGUGGCACAUGCAUUCAGCUUUGCAUCAAAGUCACCACAAAGAAAAGUUCUUUUAGAACAAAUUAGAAGGAAAGGAGAUUUUAAGCACAAUGUGAGGGUCCUGGCUGAAGGCAAAGGACAGAUAGUAACUGUAAAGCAGCCGUCUCAUAAAACAUCUGCAUGGCACUAUUUGCCUUGUAAAUUCUGCUACGGCAUGUUUUCUAGGACUGAUUUGUGGAGACACCAGGGAUCAUGUAAACUUAAAACCAGCAGUGAGACAGACAACAAGAGAAAGACCAGAGGGGCAGUACAGAGUGUUUCAGCACGCCUGCUUCCUAUAAUGGCUUCAUCUAGUGGAUGUCAGGCUAUUAUUAAUAAAAUGAGACAGGAUGACGUGUCCUUCCACAUCAGGGGCGAUUCAUUGAUCUGCAACUAUGGGGAAUCACUGUAUGCAAAACAUGGUCGUGUGAAGUCCAAGCACAACUAUAUAUCUCAAAGAAUGAGGGAGCUUGGUAGAUUCAUGUUGACUGCCAAAGCUAUGGACAGUACUGUGAGGACUUUGGAAGACAUAUGUGUCCCCAAGAAAUUUCUGCUUGUGGUCAAUGCAGCCAAGAAAUUAACAGAAUUCAGUCCAAGCAAAAAUGAAUAUGGGAAACCCUCAACAGCAGUGAGAGUGGGAUUCUGCCUGAAAGGAGCAGUGGAGGUGUUGAUUGGGCAAAGUCUCAUGAACGAUGAUGACCUGGCAGAAAAAAAGGCAAAAAAGUUUUUGGAGCUGUUGGAAAAAAAUUGGAAAACUCAUGUUGCGGUAUCUGCUCACCAGAGCAUGCAGGAGAAGAGGUGGAACAAACCCGAUGACAUUCACCUCACAAAAAAUGUCAUGGCACUUAGAGAUCAUCUCAGGAUGGUGGAAGACAAAGCCAGAGCUGAACUGGAGCAGCAGCUGAGUUUGACUGCAUACAAGGUGUUAAAUGAGAGCAUUCUGGCACAGCUGAUUGUUUUUAAUAAGCGUCGUGAAGGAGAAGCAUCGCGCUUGACUCUCGAAGCCUACAAAAAAGUCAACACUAAUCCUAUCAAUGAGGACAUUUACAGCACUCUGUCUCCUUUAGAGAAGGAACUGAGCAAACAGCUGACUCGCAUCGAGGUCCGAGGAAAAAGAGGGAAGAAGGUUCCUGUUUUUUUCACACACAGGAUGAUGGAGUCAAUCCAAGUGUUGUUGAAAUGGAGAGAUGAAGCUGGUGUUCCCACUGAAAAUCCCUACCUCUUUGCCAGAGCUGGUGUGCUGACGAACAUACGUGGCUGCGACUGUCUGCGGAAAUAUGCAGAGGAGAGCAAAGCAGAAAACCCUGAGCUCCUCAGGUCAACUAAACUAAGAAAACAGGUGGCCACACUUUGCCAGCUCCUGGAUCUUGACGAACAAGAGCUGGAACAAGUUGCUCGGUUCAUGGGUCAUGACAUCAGAGUUCACCGGGACUUUUACAGACAGACUGACAAAACCUUUCAGAUAGCAAAGAUUAGCAAGCUUUUGUUUGCUAUGGAACAAGGCAGUAGCACCUUAACAGGGAGGAACUUUAACACACUCCAUCCCUCUGUGUCUGGUAUGUAUGUACACACACUGUUGUUUUUAUGUACACACCAUGUUGUUGUGUAACAGCUGUCUGUGUUGUUGUUUUUUGUCAACACCUAUAGCUGGACACUAGUUUGAUAAAUACACAAACUACAUAUUUCUACCUGUACAGAAUUGUUUCUUUAAAAUACUCUGUAUUAAUAUUUGACUGUUGGCUUUUUCUCAGGUGAAAGUCCCACACCGACACAGAGUCAUGUGACCUCUCCGAUAGAAACAGAUGAAGAGGAUGAAGAUAAAGGUCGUGACCUCUGUUCCCCUGCCCCCUGCAGUGAGGAUGAUGGUGAG